UGCACUGAUUAAAUGAUAAACAAUAUAUAAUAACUAUUAUAAUAAGUAAACGUUUAUCGUUUAUACUUCAGUUGUCUAAGUAAAGCUGACGGGAUCAAUCCUUUUGUACAAAAUGUUUAAACUGUGCGUCUUUCUCGCGUUGUCUGUUGCGUCAUGUUAUGGAGCACCAGACCGCAGCACUGCUUGUGGCCAAAUUCCCGGAAAUAUGAACAGGUGUUUAGUUCUACCGCCUGGCGUAAGUCACAACAUUUGGCAGAAAUGUGAAACCACACAGGGUGAGUGCGAAAGACUGACCUGCAUAUUCCGUGAAUACAACCUGCUGGACGGUGAAGUUAUCAACAAGGAGAUGACAAUAGGAUUCUUCGAUGAUUUUGCGCUGGCGCACCCUGAGUUUGCAACGGCUGUAGAACAUGUGAAGGAUGAUUGCCUCGGCAGCGCUCCUCUCAAACCACAAGGAGUAUACCUCAACUGUCCUGCCUAUGAUAUGGUGCAUUGUUCUUACAAGAAUUUGGUGAAGCACGCGAAUCUAUCCCAGUGGACUGCUUCGCCGAACUGCAUGCGCGCACGCACAUUCGCCUCUUUGUGCCCCAUCUGUCCUGACGAAUGCUUCUCGCCAGAAGUGCCCAAAGGAUCCUGUAAUUGCUAGUUCAUAUAUCACGCGCACUUCGUAAAUAAAUCUGUAUAAAUGUAUUUUUUUUUAGCAACAGGCUUUGCCUAGUUUGGGGCUAGUGACAAUAUAAACAGUGAAUAUCUUGGAAAUAAAAUGUUUUUAAAUAGUUA